UGAAUGUGAUUUGAUGCGUAAAAUAAUUUGAUGUAUAUUUUCAACAGUAUUUGUAAUGGCAACAAUUUGGAUUUUUGGAGAUUUUACUGGCAAAGAAUUUUUUUCUGCUGAAAAAAGCGUAUUGAGUUAAAAAAAACCUAUUUAUUUGGAAUAUUUUCGAAUCAAUUGUUAUUCAUUGCCUUGCCAUUGACAUUCACACACCGUCAGUUUGAAUGUAAUGUCAAAACACUUGAGUGAAAAAUCAAAACAAAGUUGAUUCAGAAUGACGGAGUGGCUGCAACGGAUAAAGUUGCAAUUUGGGAAAAACCAUUUGCUGUCCUAUGGAUUACCAUUCAUUAGUGUUGUGGUCUUGGGACCAUUUUUACUUCGGUAUUUCGGUGAAGUCAGAUACAAGUACCGCAAAGUGAAACAAGUGCCAGAGGAAGAGCUGAAAUCAAUGGGUUUCAAACCGACCGAACAGAUAACACUUGAAGAUGAAUAUAAGAAAGUCAAAGAGAUGGACAUUGAAAAUUGGGAACAAAAACGCGGCCCAAGACCAUGGGAAGAGACAUUUGAUGAGCCGAAAAAAUGAAAAGCAUCCACGUUUGGAUAGGAUCAAUUCAUAGUUUUAUGUCAGCUUUAAUGGUUUUAUAUUUUCUUCAAGCUUUUUCUACUUUGAAAUAAAUAAGAAAAGACCCAGUAAAAAUCAAUGGAAAAUCUGAAAAAAGUAGAAUUUUGUAAAAAUAAGAAAACUUCUCGAAUUAUUAGUGGUCAAAUAGCACGGAUAACAAGUAUUCAUUAAAUAAAACCCACUCAUCAGUUUUACCAUGUUGAUC